UUUCCGAUCAUCUUUCAACAACCUAAAUCAAUUUGAUCCUCUCAACUCCCUUCUAUACGGAAAAUAGUUUGAACCAAAAACCUCAAAUGUAGCUCUUUUACAUGCAACUUGCCAAAUUUGGCAUGCCAAAUAUACCCAUAAUCUAGUGCUAUAUAUGUUACCUUUAACACUGACAAAAAUUAAGCAGGGACAUAAAAAAACAUUGCCAAUUACUACCUAUUGCUAAAGCAAACCAUGGCAUUGUCUGUCAAGCCUCUCUCUGCAACAACAGCAUUCUUGGUUUUAGCUGUUGUGGUAUUAUUAUUACUGCCUGAGUGCCAUGCAGAAGAGCUACUUGAAAAGACAAGUUCUAUUCACCAUGCAGUAAGAAGAGUUGGUGGUCUUGUAGUUUCUCCUAAAAUUAGGCACGGGAGACGACCACCAUUCAAGCCUGGCCCAUGGAACCAGGCUCAUGCUACCUUUUACGAAGGUGGCUCAGGGACAUUUGGGGGGGCCUGUGGCUAUGAGGAUGUAGAGAAAAUGGGGUACGGUUUAAACACAGCAGCGUUGAGCAACGCUUUGUUCAACAAGGGCCAGAAAUGUGGUGCUUGCUUUGAGAUCAAAUGUAUUGAUUCCCCUGAAUGGUGCAAACCAGGGCAGCCUUCUUUGAUCGUGACAGCCACAGAUAAUUGUCCACCUAAUUACAAUCUUCCCAGCGACAAUGGAGGAUGGUGCAAUGAACCCCGCCAGCAUUUCGACAUAGCCAAGCCAGCUUUCCUUCAAAUUGCUGAGUACAAAGGCGGCAUUAUCCCUGUACAAUAUCGGAGGGUGCCAUGCAAGAAGCAAGGAGGUAUUCGGUUCACGAUAACAGGCAACCCUUACUUCAACCUGGUGUUAGUGUCGAACGUGGGAGGAGCUGGGGAUGUCAUAAGCGUUCAAGUGAAGGGUCAUGACAAGGUGAGAUGGACAACAAUGACGAGAAACUGGGGUCAGAAAUGGCAGACCAACACCAUGUUAGUUGGGGAAGAACUUACCUUCCGAGUUAGAACAAGCGAUGGCAAAACUUCUACCUCAUGGCAUGUCGUCCCCAAGAACUGGCAAUUCGGUCAGACUUUUGAGAGUGGCAAAAACUUCAGAGGAUGGCCAUGA